UGUCCGCGGAGCUGCGGCUGGAGGUGAAGCGUUGCAGCGCAGCCCCUCUCCCCAUCUGCCAGUCUUCCUAUCCCCGCAGAGUCUGUGGACAGCCUGUCACCUUCACCCCGGCCCCGCGACCGGCCAGCAUUUUAUAAUGGAGGCAGAGUCUAACAAGUCACCAAAGGCAGAAGAGAAUGCCUCUUGCAACGGGGAUGCUUCUUCAUUGCCAACUGAACUUCAGUUACAAGCCUCCCCCAAACCACAGGCGUACGUGUGCACAUUGAGUCCACAACUGAUUGCCAAGGCACAAGAAGAGCUUCAAGAGAAACCUGAAUGGAGACUUCGCGAUGCACAAGCCCUGAGAGAUAUGAUUUUGAAGGAAGCUCCAAACCUAAAAACCCGUUUGGACGAUGCCUUCUUACUACGAUUUCUCAGAGCGCGCAAGUUUGAUUAUGACAGGGCAUUGAAGCUUUUAUUGAAUUACCAUGCAAGCCAAAGGACAUGGCCUGAGGUGUUUUCAAACUUGAGGCCAUCUGCAAUUAAGCAUGUGUUGGAUUCUGGAUUUCUUACUGUUCUGCCUUAUCCUGAUCCACUUGGACGACGUAUCUUGGUAAUUCGACCAGGAAGAUGGAAAAUCUCUGAUUAUCCCAUCACAGAAAACAUUCGUGCCAUUUAUAUAACAUUAGAGAAGCUUGUUCAGGCAGAAGAGAAUCAAGUGAAUGGAAUUGUCAUUCUUGCCGACUACAGUGGAGUUACAUUGUCUCAGGCUGCACAGCUUGGCCCAUUUAUGGAAAAGGUCAUUGGAAUUCUUCAGGAUGGAUUUCCAAUGAGAAUAAAAACUGUCAAUGUCAUCAAUGAGCCCAUUAUCUUUAAGGGUAUUUUUGCCAUCAUAAAACCUUUUCUGAAGGAGAAAAUGACUGAAAGGUUUGUUCUACAUGGUUCAGAUCUGAGCUCUCUUCACAAGGAUAUUCCACCAAACAUCCUUCCUCAAGAGUACGGAGGUACAAUGGGAAAACUUAACACAACUGCCUGGGCUGAGUCAUUGCUGGCAUUUGAGGAGGAAUUUGUUGCAGAAUUUGGUCAAUCACAUUCACCAACAGCUAAUUCACAUGCUCAAUUUGCAGUUGGGUCAAAUGAACAGUCAGGUCAACAGUGCGAUGAUUCCUUUAGAGGAGUGAGGUCACAGCUGUAUUACUGUUAUUAACAAGACUCAUUGUUUGCUACCUUCCCUGAAAGAUUGUAUUUUUGUUUGGUGGUGGAGUGUUUAUACAAGAUUAACUGUGUGAUCACUUAAAAUAUGUGACUAUUUUAGGCAUUGAAGAGACUAUCGUCUUAGGUUUCUCACCUACAUUACUGUUUACAGAAAAUCAGCACAUUAAAAUUGGUGCUGAUAGAUGAUAAUAAGAUAAUUAUAAAGAACUCAAUCCUCUGCAGUUUAUAUAAUGUUUUUGACAGUUUUUAUUAACAAGUUUAUAUGAAGCCUUAGCUGCUGGACUGUCAGAAUAUGCACGGAUUUCAGCAGUCCUGUCCAUCUUUUGCCAUCAUUUAUCUUACUUUGAUAUAAUCAUCAAAAUUCAUAGCCUAGAAGGCAGAUCUUUGGCCUAUGUCACCUGCCAUAGUGCAGUCCCACUUGACCCCGCUUCUCAGAUCUUGUUCUGUAGCAUCAUCAAACACUGAACACCAAGUACAUGCUCCCCCAAAGAAAAAAUUUUGGGUUUAGACUCUAGAUAUUCCACAAAUAUAGAAAGUGUAAGGUCUGAUUUUUAACAAAUGAUAAGAUUAAGUCAUUCUAUGCAUCAAUACAAUACUCAGAUUUUUUCCACCAUCGAGUUCUUUCAACAACCAAAAA